AUGACUGGGAAGAAGAAGAAAAGAUGCAGGCAAGCACAGCGGCGCGAUACCUUCUCAAGCUCGACCUCUGCAGCUUCAUCGUCAUCGUCAUCAUUUCCGUUUCACACCUGGUUUGAAAGCGAAAGUGAUAGUAGUGACCUAAGUCUGCAAAGCAUGACUGGGAAGAAGAAGAAAAGACGCAGGCAAGCACAGCGGCGCGAUACCUUCUCAAGCUCGACCUCUGCAACUUUAUCGUCAUCGUCAUCAUCUCCGUUUCACACCUGGUUCGAAAGCGAAAGUGAUAGUAGUGACCUAAGUCUGCAAAGUAUGACUGGGAAGAAGAAGAAAAGACGCAGGCAAGCACUCCGGCGCGAUACCUUCUCAAGCUCGACCUCUGCAGCUUCAUCGUCAUCGUCAUCAUCUCCAUUUCACACCUGGUUCGAAAGCGAAAGUGAUAGUAGUGACCUAAGUCUGCAAAGCAUGACUGGGAAGAAGAAGAAAAGACGCAGGCAAGCACGGCGGCGCGAUACCUUCUCAAGCUCGACCUCUGCAGCUUCAUCGUCAUCGUCAUCAUCUCCGUUUCACACCUGGUUCGAAAGCGAAGGUGAUAGUAGUAACCUAAGUCCUUGA